GAGGGCAGUGCGCAUGCGCCCAUCGCCCAGGGUUUGGGCGGAGAGGGGGACCGGCAAGUCCCCGGGCUCAUCCCGCCUUGCGCGUGCGCAGACGAUAAACCAACGCCCCGGAGUUGAGGCGCGGGCUUGGUGGCGCGUUUUAGCGAAGUCGCACGUGAAGGGCAGUAGUGGCCGGAGCCCGACCCAGCCAUGGCAGGCCCAGGCAGCAGCUCGCCGCGGGGCAAGCACGAGUUCAGAGUCGUCCUGACGGCCCUAGUGGCCCUCGUCCUCCUCCACUCGGCAUCAUCCCAGUCCCGUGCAGACUUUGUGCCACCAGGCCAGCAGAAGAGGGAGGCCCCGGUUGAUCUCUUGAGCCAGAUAGGUCGGUCUUUGCGGGCAACGCUGGAUGCCUGGCUUGGCCCUGAGACCAUGCACCUGAUUUCCGAGACCUUGUCUCAGGUGAUGUGGGCCAUCUCGUCAGCCAUCUCGGUGGCCUUCUUCGCGCUGUCUGGGAUUGGCGCGCAGCUGCUGAAUGCCUUGGGGCUGGAUGGAGAUCACCUUACCCAGGGCCUGAAGCUCAGCCCCAGCCAGGUCCAGACCUUCCUGCUGUGGGGAGCAGGGGCCCUAGUCGUCUACUGGCUUCUGUCCCUGCUGCUUGGCCUGGUGUUGGCCUUGCUGGGCCGGAUCCUCUGGGGCCUGAAGCUUGUCCUCUUCCUGGCCGGCUUUGUGGCCCUGGUGAGGUCGGUGCCUGACCCUUCCACCCGGGCCUUGCUCCUCCUGGCCUUGCUGACCCUCUACGCUUUGCUGAGCCGGCUCACUGGCACCCGGGCCUCAGGGGCCCAACUGGAGGCCAAGGUUCGAGGCCUGGAGCGCCAGGUGGAAGAGCUGCGCUGGCGACAGAGGCGGGCGGCCAAGGGGCCCCGGGGUGUGGAGGAGGAGUGAGGGGUCGCCGGGACAAGGCCACCUUCAUCGUCAUUGUCGUCGUCGUUCUCCUCCUCACCAUUGUACCAAAGAGCUGCACUGCUUCUGGAUCGCACAGCCCUCCUUCCAGCCCCUGCCCAGUCUCUGACUGUCACAACCUUCCUGUCUUCACCAGACCCUCCUGGCUGAGAAAGAGGCAGACUGUUCCCCCUGCCGGUCCCCAGGGGGCCCUGCCUUCUGGGGUUCUCUGUCUGGGAUUGGUUCUCUUAACCCUUUCUCUGCUCCCAGCCUGCCUCAGUCGGGGCGGGUUGGAAGGGCCUCCCCUGUGGCUCGGUGAACCACCCUGAGUGGGGAACAUCACUGCCACUGGGCUCCUGGGACUCAGCCGGCUCCCCUCUGCCGCCGCCUUGCCUCCCUCCUGAUGCGCUCCCGUCCUUCUGUGGCCCCUCCUCUGCCAGGCUUCCUUCCUCGCUGGUCUCCUUCCGGCCCUGGCCCGUGCUCUGCCUGAACCCCGUCCCUCCAGGCGAGCUGCUGUCCUCCUCAUUGCCCAGCCCUGGGGAAGAGGCAGGGCACGCGGGACCUGAGGGGCAGGGAAAGGGGAGGUUCCCACACGGGGCCGGCAGCAAGGACAUACACCAUACGUGGAGUCUGUUCUAAGUGCCUUAAUCCGAGCCAGCAGGGCCCUCUGCCUGCCCGCCGCUGUACUGUAUGUAGGAAAGUGCACUGUGGCUGCUUUGUGUCAAGAAGAGAGUUUUCCUCUGAGGUUCUCGAUUCCCCCUUCAGCCAAAGCAAAAGGUGACUGCUUCAUAGGCUCGUGCCUGCAAGUGGGACCCUACAGUGGCCCUCAGAUCCCCUAUGGGGAUUUCAGACACUGAAGGAGAAAGGGGAACUCACCUGUCUGCCCAGCUCCAGAUGGUUCUCCACCCCUCUCCCUCCACUCACUGCCACGGGGAAGUUGCCCAUCAGGGUGGUGGCCCAGGAGGAGUGCGGAGCUGCACACCACGGCCCCUCCCUUCACCCGCUCCCAGAGGGGCAGGGUGAGGCGGCCAUAGCACCCUCUCCUCCAGGGCUCCCAUUCUUCCUCCGAGGUUCUGGGGGAGGUGUGUCCUCAGCCAGGCCCAGCGCAUGACGUGAAGAAUGAAUUAAACGCCCAGUUCUUAACUGUUAAGGUUUGAUGUGGAAUCACAGCUGCAGUGUGAUAUAUUUUUAUUGGCGCUUGGUUGGUUUUAAAUAAAAUGCACGCUAUUUUAUUA